CUCCAGCUGCGGUCGGGGGAAGUUUUCAGGACGCGCAGGACAUCGGCGGCCACGUCUUCCUUGAGGCGCGAGUCCGAUCGGUGCCUCUUAGGCCGUUCCCCUACGGAUCGAGCGGCUGCCGGAGGCUUUGCAAGAGGAGAUGCAGAAGAGUCUUAGCACCCAGACUCAACUCUUUAACCUGGUGAACGCGGAAGUGCAAAAGCUUCAGGCGGAACUCGCAGCUGUUAAGCGAGAGCGUGAUACGCUCAGACAGGCCAACGCUGCGCUGACCGCACAGCUGAAGGAGGCGUCGGAAGACAAAACGAGAGGGGCGCCCCCCACUGCAGGCACGGGGGUCGUCGCCCAGCUGGGCAGUGAGAAAGAUAAGUCGGAGAAGUUCGCACUUGAGAAGUACUUCCCGAAUCACCACAAAGCUCCGGUGCACAGUGUAGCCAUGAGCGACGACUCCACACGCUUUGUGACCGCCUCCUGGGAUGCGACGAUGCACGUCUUCGACCUCACGAGAAAGGAACUGGACAAGCUCGGGCGCCACGUAAUCAGGCCGCAAAGAGUGAGCAGAUGGGUGGCCUCUACUCUGUGGCCUUUGCGAAAACGGCCCCGGAAGUGCUGGGCUGCACCUCGGUGGACCGGCAUGUAUACUUGUGGAACCAUGUCACAGGGCAGCAAAUCUCCAAGCUUGGUGGUGACAAGGGCCACCAGGACGAAGUGAAUGGCAUAGACUUUCAUGCAGGGCAGCAGGUCAUGGCAACCGCGUCCGAUGAUUCGAACGCCAUCAUCUGGGACUUCGCCGAGGGCAUUCCUCUGCGAACGCUGAAGCAUCCAGAGAAGCCAGUUUAUGGGGUGACCUUCCUUGGCAAGGACCCCGAGAGGCAAUACUUCGUCGCCACCUGCUGCUUCGACCAGAGGACCCGCAUUUUUGACAUGCGGGACAAGAAGGUAGUGACUACUCUCGAUGGUCAUACGGAUGAUAUUAUUGGUAUUGAUUAUGCGACCCAGGGGCUUUUGGCCACCGGAUCGGAUGAUGGGAAUAUUUUAAUCUACGAUACAAAGACAUGGAAGUUGCUACAUCGACUUGAGUGCAAGGUGGACCUCUCAGCAGAGACGGAGGUGCAGCGAGUCGAGAUGGCGACAUGCUGGCGGCGGCCUGCUCGACGGGGAGCGUGCUGAUUUACUCUGGCUUCAAGUCCAUGGAGAAGCCAACCAUAAGGCAAAAGCUGAGCGGGCACACGGACUGUGUCUUCGACGUGGCUUGGGGAACCGACUCUAGGAGCAAUGGAGCCCUGUUGGUCUCUGCCUCGCACGACAAAUCCGUGAGAUUUUGGAAGGAGGUGCUGUGAGUGCCGGGCCGCGGAUGCCGGGCCCUCUCCGCGGCCCGUCGUGCCUGUGGGCGAAGGAAGGAUUUCGGCUGAGAUCAGUGUCAUGUGAG